UACUAUUUAAUGCACUAUUGCAUGCGCUAUUUCUGCAAUUAAUCAGCUGAUUCAAACAAAACAGAAAAAAUUCAUAAAAAUUAAAAUGCCUAGAAGAAGUGAAAAGAGCAAAUUAAUAGCUGCGAAAAAUAGUUACAAGACAUACUCAUGUUGGAAUUAAGUGAUGACGAUGAGCAGGAAGAAGUGGAUGAACAAUUUAGAGUGAAUAUGCUUAUAUUAUUGAACAAUCGUCGAAGUGCUCACUUAGGAGUUCCUAAGUCGAACCAUUGGGAGCGGAAUGUAUUAAAGCAUUUUGACGAAAACAGAUUUUGCCAAAUGAUGCGCUUAAACCAAACAGAAUUUGCUUACCUUCUAAACUUAAUAAAAGAUGAUGAUGUGUUUCGAAAUCAUUAUAACGCAGCACAACUUUCGAUCGAUACACAACUUAAGAUCGUCCUUUUUCGAUUAGGAUCAUCAGGUGAAGGACUUUCGGUUCGUAAAGUGGCAUCCUUGUUUGGUAUAGGAGAUGGCGGUACCAUUCAGAUCGUAACCAGGCGAGUUUUUAAAGCUAUUAUUAACUUGAAACAAAGGUUUUUAUACUGGCCCGAUGAAAGGGAGCGAUUAAAGCUUAUUGCAGCAACAGAAAAGGAAAUGCCUGGGUGUGUUGGAUACAUUGAUGGGUCUGAAAUUAAGUUGGCCGAAGCACCUGUGAGGAAUCACGAAAUAUUUUUUUCCCGUAAGCGCCAAUAUUCUGUAAAAAUUCAAGUUAUUUGUGAUCAUCGGCUACGCAUAAGACAACUUACACUUGGUUACCCGGGUAGUGUUCAUGAUGCGAAAAUGUUCUCGGGAUGUUUGCUCUCAAAACAUCCCAAUAGAUUUUUGUCAACCUCGCAAUGGAUAGCUGGAGAUAGUGCAUAUCCAUUAAAGCCAUUUUUAGUAACCCCGUUUCGGCAAAAUAGUACAGAAUAUAACAGAGAAGAAAGAGAAAAUUUCAAUAAAUACUUUUCCAAAUACCGCGUACGUAUUGAAAAUUGUUUUGGGAUCUUGAAAGAAAAAUUUUCAAGUCUAAAAGAACUCAAGUUCAGAUUGCACACUAUCCAAAACAAGAGAGAGUGUAAUGAGUGGAUAAUGGUCUGUUGUAUUUUGCACAACAUUUUUAUAAAUUUCAACAACAAAGAUCAUGAAAGCAGCGUGGAACCCAGUGUAAAUUUAUUACCAUCAACAAACCUUAGACAUAGUCUACUGAACUUUAUUCAAACCCAGCCUAUUGUUUAACGUUUUUACUUAUAUAAAUAUUCAUUGAAAUAAAAAAAUUAACUUUACCUGUACAGAAUUCGGUAUGACGCUUUGCUUUCAAAUGUUACAAAAAAUAAAUGAUUAAUUUCACUAAA